GAUGAAAUAAAAAUUGGUUUGAAUGCAAAACAUAAUAUUGCAAUUUUAACAAGAAGAAAACGUAAUACAAGCAUACUAACAACAAAACAAAAAUUAUUAUUUAAAAAACCAUUAGAAUUUCGAACAGUUAAGGAUCGUAAAGAAAUUGUAGAAAUUGUUGUAAAUCUAAAAUGUUUUGAAAUAUUUCCACCAAAUGUAAGAGCUCGAAUAUCAAAAUAUCUUGAUUUUAUAUCAAUUCAAUCUAAUCAUGAUAUUAUACAUGAAGGACAUACACCACUUUAUGUAUAUUUUAUAUUAAAUGGUGAAAUUAUUGCACAUCAAUUGAUGGAAGAUGAAUGUACAAAGAAAAUGGUAAGAAAAAAUAAAUUUCUAGUGACAUCUGGUGAUAUAAUCGGACAUAUUUCAUUAUGCCAUAAUACAAAACGAACUCAUACUUAUACGGCGAGAACUGAUGUCGAAUGUUUAUAUAUUGAUGCUGAUAUUUUUAAUGAACAUUUAAUAAUCUACAUUAAGAAAAAUAUUGAAUCAAAAUUUUUAGCCUUAAAUCAAUAUGAUGUUUUCAAUGAAUUUACAUUAGAGCAGAGAAAUUUUAUUGCUCUAUUCGGAAAAUUAAAGGAAUAUAAGCAAAUGGAGACAAUUUAUCAUAAAGAUCGUGGACUUUUAAACUAUGUUUAUUUUGUAAUAAGUGGUGAAUGUAUGAUUUUACAACAUUUAAAAGUUGAUGUAAGACGAACUAAUGCAAAUAAGAAAGUGUAUACAUUAAGUAACCAAUCAACUAAAGAUCAAAUAAAUGAAAAUGAUGAAAUGAAACGUGAAACAAUUGCCUUAUUACAAAAUAUUAAAAAAUAUCGUUCAACAAUUCAUACACCAGAUGAUUUAUUUACAAUUGGAUUUGAUAAGAAUCGAUUAAAAAAUCAAAAAUCCGAUAAAGAAGAUUAUUUCAUUGAUGUUGGUACAUUUUCAUAUGGUGCAAUAUUUGGUUUAGGUGAACCAAUGAAUGAUCGUGCUAUUAUGGCACGUACAACUGUUCAAUGUUUAUUAAUACCAAGAUUUUGGAUAUUUUCUAAAGAACAAAAUCAAGGUAAUAUUUGGCAAAAAUAUUUUGUUUCAUUAAAUAUUUUAGUACCAACAAGAGAACAACUGUUCAAUUAUUUUGUAAAUGAUAUGAAAUGGCGAAAAUUUAAAAAAGAUUAUAUAACAGGAAAAUUGAACAGAUUAAGUAAAUCAAAUUCAACAAAAAUUGAUGAUAUACCAUUAAUUGGUAGAAUAAUUGAAUUAAAUUAUGAAGAUGAUUUGAAAUAA